UCACAAGCCUUGGGGAGACGACACCCACAUCACCAGACUCCAUUUGGACUGGCCUUCGGGCGCGCCGGUGACGUCACCGCGACGCGGGGCGCGUACCCGCGUCUCGGCGGACGUCUUGCGUCAUCACCAACGAGACGCAGGGGGCCGAGCUCUCCUGCAGCUGCAGCCGGCUUCCCCUCCCCGCCCCCCGCCUCUCCCGGGUAGCGUCCUCGUGCGCCCCCUCGUGGCCACUAGCUUCGAGGCUGCCGCUGGCUUUGGGGCCCAACCUCGCGUUGCCUUCCCUCCAGCGUCAGUUUGGAUCUGCGCGUGCGCCCAACUCCCACCAGGGCCAGCGCCGGGCGGCGGGCGACGCCUCCAGGUACAGCCGAGGAGGUGCAGGAGGCCGGCGCAGGCCCCCUUGUCCCAGAGGCGCCGAGGCCCUCGGCCGCCAGGGGCAGGUGCGAUGGCUGAACCGCAGGAGAGCAGCAGCGCCGAGUCGGACCCCGGCAGAGAGGCGGCGGCGGCGGCGGCAGCGCUUCCCAGGUCUUUGUCGGAGACCGCGCAGGUCGUCGCAGCGUCGCCGGAGCCCGAGGAAGACGGCGGCAAGUGCGUGUUCUGCCAGAUCGCGCGGCAGCAGAUGCCGGGCACCGAGCUCCUGGACUGCGAGAGUGAAGACCUAGUUUGCUUCAAAGAUAUCAAACCAGCAGCACUUCAUCAUUAUCUUGUGGUGCCAAAGAAGCAUAUUGGAAACUGCAGAGAACUAAAGAAAGAUCAUGUAGAACUGGUUGAGAACAUGGUAAAUGCUGGAAAAACCGUUCUUGAAAGGAAUAAUUUCACUGACUUCAAAAAUGUGAGAAUGGGUUUCCAUAUGCCGCCAUUCUGUUCCAUUAACCACUUGCACCUUCAUGUGAUGGCACCAGCCGAUCAGCUUAGCUUCUUAUCAAAAUUGGUUUAUAGAGUGAAUUCCUAUUGGUUUAUCACAGCUGAUUAUUUGAUUGAAAAAUUAAGAACAUGAAAAUGUCAACAGUGGAAGAUUUUCCUGAUUUUGGCUCAACAGAAACUACUAUUUUGGUCCCUUUGAAGUCUAAUUAUAGUUCUGAGGUUUCUUGGGUUUUAUGAGAGGCUAUCACUGGGUAGCCUUAAAUCUUUUCUCAAUGUCUAUUUCUUGAGAUCUGUAAUAUAGUUACGUGAAUACUUUGUCAUUGACUUCUUUGUUUUAAUGGUUAUUUGUCUAAGGUAUAAGGUACUAUAGAUAAAAUCCCUUUAAAACAAAUUUUGUUAAUCAGGAAGUGCUCUGAAUUAAAAAAAAAGUACAAAUAUUUUCAUUUCUCAGUAGUCAAUUAUAAUCGUGAUUUCUUUAUGAAUAAUAAGCCAGUAUGGAAAAUACUUUGUUGGAGGUUUUAUUACUGUGAAGGAGAAAAAGAAAUACUACUUCUUGACAGUUCCAUAAUUUUACACAUAAAAUUUCAAAAUAAAGAGUUCCGUACUACACAGUGAUCUCUGAUCUUGUUGAUGGAAAGAAUUGUGUAUGUGUCACUUUUUACUGAGAUUUCAGAUGCUUUUCACUUCUUGAAGCCUUGCAUCUUUGUAAUAAAUUGAUCCUGAAAGCUAUAUAAUAUAUAUAAAAUAAAUUCUAACAGUGAAUUUGCAAUAACAAUCAAUUUGGCUAUUCAGGAGAAUUCACUGCAAUGGAGUUUUAUUUGUAAGAACAUAAAUAGGAAGAAACAUAAAGUGGUUAUAUUAAUGUAUUAAAACUGGUGGAAACUGUUGCUUUAUGGCUUGUUUAUUGUACCAAAGGAAAGUUAGAAUUAAAAAUUGGUUAGACCUAGCUUUUCUAAUAAAAAGGUCCUGAUUUGGAAGUAGAGAUAGAUAGACUUGGAUGAGAAAAUUUGUUUUAAUAACGCAAUGCUAAUAUUAUUGAUAGAUCAUUUCAUGAGACAUAUUUCUUUAGGAAUUGUCUUUUGAUGCUAAUUUACACUAACAAUAGUGAAUGCAAAUGAUGAGUAGGUGGUGAAAGCUAAUUGUAUAUUGUGCCAGUGUGUAAUAGUACCACGUACAUGAAUAUAAAUGAACCUAAGGAUUAAAGUAUUGAUGUUGGAAACAGGCUGAGAUGACUGGUUUUCUUUCUUUUUGGGGGGGCAUGAUAUUAAACAUAAUUUUAAGUAAUGAAAUACUUAUUACAAUGUUUAGUUAUAACAUCUGGAAUCACUAUUGUUUAGUUUACUUGUUCAUUUAUUUAUUCAGCAGACAUUUACUGAGCAUUUAGCAUCUAACAGACACUGCCAGGAUCAGGAAAUACAGAAGUGAGAAAGGACAGCCUGCCUUCAAUUGCUAAUACAAGACUCACACAAAACCGGUGAAUACAGUUUAGUGUGUUAAGGGUUAUAAUGUCCAGAGAAGAGGCUGUGGAGAGGGAAACACUUGAGAGCAGGUGGCAGAAGAGCUGAGUAUUCAAGACUCAGUGUUAGGCAGGUAGACAGUGGAAGAUGGGGCAAGAAGAGACCCACAUGUACUCUCCUCAAGUUCUGCUUCCGUUAGUUUUUACUUAACAAUAGAAAUGAAUGUCUAAAUUCCAUUUUAUUCACUGAAAGUGGAGAGAGGGAUUUGGAAGUAGGGGUUAUGGGCUCUCAAAAUUAGAUUUACAAGUUUUUCAGCACUGCUUUGUUAAGUAGAUCACUGAGCACCUCCACAGAUAAGCAGGUACAAGUUUUUAUAAAUCAGUUCAAAUAUGACCAGCUUCAGAAAAGGAAUUUUCAGCAUGUGCAACAUGUUGUACUAUGUGAACUUGCAGUGAUGUGAUUGACAAUAUUAUGGUAAUAACAUGUAAGGUAUUUAAGGAAUUCUCAAUUGCUUGAUGGACUUCUUAAAAAAUGUGAUUAGCCAAUUGAUUUAAUUAAUAUAGGUUUAUCCCCUCUCAUAGUAAGUUUUUCUUCUUGUUGGAAAAUCCUUGGAUCCUCACAUUUUUAGUAGCAGUUCUUUUAUAUCUAAAGAUUAAUAAUUAAACUACUACAAUUGAAAUUCACUCAGCCUUUUCAGUAGUUUAAGUAUUUGGUAACUCUAGCUAUCUAUAACGUUAGUUCAUCACAAAGCUAAUUCAUAGUCUGUCUUAAAAAUGUUUAAAGUAGUAUUGAGAGCAUUAUUUAUGCAUGUUGUGAUACUAUUUGUUUGUAAUUGCAGAAUUGUAAAAUUAUUAAUAAUGAGAUAUGUCAAACUAUGCUUACUUAACUAAAAGAAAGCUAAAUAAAUAUGGAAAAAUACUGUGUCAAA